AUGUUUACUAUCUCUCAAAGCGGUACUUCUAAACAACGGCCACGACUCGAUCUUGAUGAGUUUUCGUAUGUUAGGGAUCGAAUUAUAAGCGACAAAAUCUAUUGGCGAUGCAUCAAGUGCAAGUCUGAUCAUUGUCAUGCUCGAUUACAUACUUGCCUAGAAUCCAAGACAAUUCUCAAACACCCUAGUGGUCAUAUUUGUAAAUUUGAUGCUACUGAAAAUCAGGUAUGCCAAUUCUCUCAACAAGUCGCUGCUCGUGCACUUAAUACUCAAGAAAAUCCUGAUGUAAUUGUAACUAAUUGUUAUAAAGGCGAUGGUCGAAUUCUUUUCUUCGCAAGUCCUGAACAACUGCAUGUACUACAGACUUCACAAGAUUUUCUAGUUGAUGGGACGUUCAAUGUAGUUCCAGAGGUCUUCUACCAGCUGUUUAUUAUUCACGCGGUUUAUCAUCAACAUACUGUUCCCGUGGUUUAUGCGCUGCUACGAAGAAAAGACGCAGGUACGUAUACUCGUUUAUUUGAUGAAAUUGUAAAAAUUGCUCGUAACUGGUUACCGGCAUCGGUAAUGAUGGACUUUGAACAGGCAUCAAUUAGCUCUCUUAAGAAUAAAUUUCGUUCUGUUUCACUUUCUGGUUGUUACUUUCAUCUAUGUCAAAGUAUUCAUCGAAAAUUGCAGAGUCUCGGGCACCAAGCCCAAUAUCAAACAGAUUCAACGUUCGCGCAUACAUCCAUAAAAUUGCAGCGUUGGCUUUUCUUGAUCCGAACUCUGCCCUCAAUGACUUCGAAUCACUCUGUGAACAAUUAG